AUGUCUGAAUUCAAAUUGCGUAGCGACGAGGCCAUCACGCCACCUACUUGGACCCUCCGUGAUAUCCAGUACCUUCCACGAGACACCGCUACCGACACCCUCGAGACCGCCAAGUACGGCCUCAUCUUGGGGUCCUUAGCUGGUUACGCCAAGUAUAACAGCAGAAACAACUUGACCUCCGCCAAGGCGCCGCUUGUGUUCCUUCCAAAAGGGAUUACCGCCAAGUUGUUGUUUGACGCCUUACUUGUAUCCGCCAGGUCGGGUUUCACCGUGGGUGUGGGAGCUGGUAUUUUCCAAUUCACAAAGAGCGUCUCCUCCAACUUGCGUGAGAAGGACGAUUCCCGUAACACCUUCUACGGUGCUAUGUCGGGUAUCGCCUUUGGUGCGGCGGCCGCUGGUAAAGGCCCGGCUUUCAUUGUCUCCACCUCCUUGCUCUGCGCAUCUGCCGCCGCCUUUGUCGACUGGACCGGUGGCUGGGGCACCCCGGAGGCCUCCAUCAAGCGUGACCUUUUUGCCAUGCAGCCAUACGACGCCAGAACCGACGAGGUCAAGGAAACUCAGGGCCGUUGGGAGGUUGUUGGCAGAAAGCCAUUCUCCGCUGCCCAGGAGUACUUUGGUAAGGACUCCAUCCUCUUCAGAGUCUCGGUCCUUUUGGUCACCAUUGUGUGCUACUUCAGCAAAAGUCCGACCGCCCCAGCCACUGAAGCCCCCCUUCACCCCCUUCGUCCUCUCCGAUGGGGCCACUUGAACUUCUUACACACCACAGAUACGCACGGCUGGUAUGCUGGCCACUUCAAUCAAAAGCAGUACUCUGCCAACUGGGGUGAUUUCGUCUCCUUCGCUCUGCAUAUGCGCAGCCACGCGGACGCCGCCAGAAGCGACCUCCUCCUCAUCGACACAGGUGACAAACACGACGGAAACGGCUUAUCUGACGCUACAGCCCCCAAUGGCCUCAUCUCAACCCCUAUCUUUAUCAAACAAGACUACGACUUGAUCACGCUCGGGAACCACGAAUUGUAUCUUGCCGAGAGCUCGAUUCAGGAGUACGAACAGGUGGCCAGCCAUUUCGGCGACAGGUAUGUCGGCACCAACGUGGAUUUCAUUAUGGAGAACGGAACCGCGGUUCCCUUUGGGUCGCGGUACAGGUACUUUCAAACCCCUAACCGGGGGUUGAAUGUGCUUGCACUUGGAGUGUUAUUUGACUUCAAUCGGUUCAACGAGAGAACGGUUGUUCACCCAAUUUCCGAGUUAGUCCAGCAAGAAUGGUUUGUGCAAUCGAUGCUGGACUUCCUGCACGAGCCGGUGGAUGUGAUAGUGGUGUUUGGCCACAUUCCCGUGAGCCACGAUUGGUGGGAGUUGACGUUGCUCCACGGAGAGUUGCGGAAGUACUUUCCUGAUACCAAGAUCCAGUACUUUGGGGGACACAGCCAUAUCCGAGACUUUAGCGUCUUUGACGACAAUUCCACUGCUCUCCAGGCAGGCAGGUUUUGCGAAACAGUUGGAUGGUUGAGCGUGAACUUCACGGGUGAGAAUGAUUUGAAAGGCACAUAUGACAGAAAAUACAUUGACUUUAACUUGAAUUCCUUCAUGUUUCACUCUAAAAAGACACUCGAGACGUUUCAUACCCGGACGGGAUUGGAGCUUACGACACAUAUUGCGCAAAAAAGACGGGACUUGGGUUUAGAGACGGUUUUGGGUCAGGUUCACCGCAACUAUUUUAUGGACUACGUGCCGUUUUCGCACCCGAGAAAUAUCUACCACAUGCUUUCCACCACCAUUCUUCCGACUUUGAAAGUCAGCUCAGACGCCAGCCAUAGCAGAAUCAUCAUCAUCAACACGGGGUCGGUGAGAUACGACCUUUACAAGGGUCCCUACACGAAGGAUACCAAUUUCAUUGUCUCUCCGUUUAAAAACAACUGGAACUACAUCCCACAGGUUCCGAGAUCUCUUGCUCUCAAAAUUGAGGAGAAGUUAAACAACCAGUCGUACAUUCUCUCUAGGGCUACGGCAAAGGAGGUCGACUUGCUUCGCUUGCUUCCUCCGCACAAGUCUAGUCGCCUAAUGAAGGAGGGUGCCAAUGGUAGAAUCACGCCCGAUGGGUUGAAUGACAUCACCGAGCAACAAUACUUGGCUAUCGCACACCAGAAAUUGAGUAAGGGAUAUGUUACGCAUGACGAUUUCGGCGAGGAUGGCGACGAUACAAUCCACAUUCCGAGGAUCGAGUUUCCGAUUCCGAACGUCGCCGUUGCGAAACAAUUGUCUGGCGACGAUACCGUCGAUGUUGUGUUCUAUGACUUUAUCCAGCCAUAUAUACUCUGGGCUCUUGCCGAGUUGACGGUCGGACAAGUGAAAAAAGAUUUCUUGCCUCACUUCUACGGGAACGAGACCAUCAGCGGGCUCUUACAAGCUUACGUUCAGAACGUAGGCGACCUUUAA